CUGCGAAUGCAAUCCCAAGAAUCUUUUAUCGGCCAUUGAUUCUUUGCCUUUCUUUGUAAGUACUCCACCACAUUUAAUUCUUUCAGCAGUCCCUAAGAUGAUAGCUUUCCCUCAUUUCACUCAAUUUCCUUCAUGGGUUUUUCUCUCCCAUCUGUUUCUUUCCGUGCAUUGUUUGGAGUUUUGAUAAUGUGGCCCAUGGGGCAUUCUGUUUCUUGAAGCUGAUUUGAUUGGGAUUUUUUUUUCUGGGUCACUGGUAAUGCUCAGAGGUUUUGUUUUCUUCUAUGGUGUGUAUCUGUUUGUGUGGAUCUGGGAGUUUGAUGGGUUUUUGAAGUUAAUAUUCUCCAUUAUGUAACAGAUUUGUUUUUUUUAUUAUAUCUUAGCUGAUGGAGUUUUUUCUUUUUCUUGGUAGUCUUUUUGAUUUCCGGGUAUGUUUAGGCUUAUUGUCUAUGGAUCUUGUUUCAGGAUACCAAUUACUGAUGGAUAUGUUGUACUCUGUGAAUUUUGUUGUUUGCAUCAGGCUUCUUAACAAGUUCUGUGAUUUUUCACAUUAUUUUUCUUCAACUUUGAGAGUUGCCGGAAUCUAGACAGUCCUGAAUUCUUGUAACAUUGUGACGUUGACACUUAUGCCUGUUUUGAUUGUUAGCAUUGGCUGAUAAAGUCUCUUCCUGAAGUCCCAUUUUUCUUUUUGAUUCUUAAACUAUUAUGAAGUUUAAAGGAGAUUCGCAAACUUGACACUUCGCGCACGUAAAGUUAUAAACGAUGUAGAUGGCUGUCUAGGAGAUUAGUUUAUCUGAACAAAGUUCGCCAAUGAAAAUGCAUUGCGAUUUGAUGGAGAUUAGUCUCAGUUCAUUCCGUGGUUAUUUGAACUUUGAACGCGUUGGGUUUUGCCUGAUGUCUUUGCUAAUGCUGCAUUCUGCAGAAAUCAUCCUCACGCCCAUAAUUGUUUGAAUUUCCUCCUGGUUUUCUCAAGUCAGUGUAUGUGUAAGAGAUGGAUGUUGCACCAUGUAUUGGGUGGCUUCAGAAACUUUAACUAAUUAUGGACGAUAAUUUUGAACAAUUUUGCAGUUUGGCAUGUCCUUGAUAAUUGUAGUAUAUUGUCAGCUAUAUGUUACUCCAACCAUAGAUUUGUCAAUACCAGCAAUGUAGACUCAUUAACUAGUUGCUUUGUCUACCUCCAUAACUGUGUUAACAAAUCGGGUUGUGAAUUUUUGCAGCUGAGCUUGGGGCAUUCUAUAGUAUGUCAGCAGAGAAAACAUUAAGCAAUGAAUAUUCUAAUCCUGCUAGAAUCAUGGGGAGCAGGGUAGAAUCUAUGAGGGUUUCAAGACAACAACCAUGGACAACUUCUGUAAAAGAAAAGUUCUUCUCUCAUCAAGGACAUAAGAGUUCUAAAUUUCAAGACACUUGUACAAUUUCGGCUCCACUUGGUAAGGCUCAUGCAGAUCUUCAGCAAAAUGGAAUGAAACAGCAUGCAGAUGAGAGGCAGAAGGUACAAGUUCAUCCUUCUACCACUGGCCAAAAGCACCAGCUGAGCUCAAAAACCAAAAAGGAUGAUGAACUUGUCAAAUACAUGUCAAAUCUGCCAGACUAUCUUCAGCAAGCAGAAAAACAGAAGAACGUUCAAGUAAAGGCGUUGAAUUUUGGAGUUCUUGAUUGGAAGCGCCUAGAAAAAUGGAAGGAUGGCGAACACAUGCCUGGGAGAAGUCGGUCGAAAGCAUCUUCAAGUGGUAGUUCUUUGUAUAUGGAGAGUGGAAAAUCAGCAUUGUUCCAAAGCUCUGGUGGGAGGAAAACAUCAACUGAUUUACAACUUAAAUUUUCUACUGAAGUAAGAUAUUCUGAGGAUGCUAAGCUGACUAAAGGUCCUCAAACUGUGUCACAGAGUAAGGUUUCUGAGCAGCAAAAAGACUUUUCUAUGUCAGUACGAUCUUCCACCAGGAAUUGUCCUCCGGCAAAACAUGACAAGGGCAAGAAGAAAGAGGCAGAUCAUAUUGAGAAUACCUCCUUAAUGUCUUCAGUUACUCUUGGAAAGCAACAUGGUAAAAGCAGGACAGCACCAGAUAGUAACAUCAAUGCUGAACCACAGAAUAUUGUUCUUUUGAAACCCAAGGGUCCUUCUCACAGAAGCUCCUCCCAUGUCUCACGGUCUUCAGCAUCAUCUGAUGGACAUUUGGCAAAGGAUGCCAAACAUAGGUACUCUGCUUUAUCAUCUUCUCAGGAACCUAGAUCCAGAGAUUUCAGCCAUGAUAUUCCACAUUCCUGUCCUCUUCCUCCACACAGACGUGAAAAAUCAACCAAACCUUUGCCAUCUGAUGCCAAACCCAAAGCAAACCCUUCUCAUGUUGAUUAUCCAGCUUCAGCCGACACCUCUAAGGAAAUGAAUAUUGAUGCUACUCUGAAUCCUGAAUCUCGGGAAUCGUCAAGGCGACAGGUUGCCGAUAGGAACAGAAGCAGAUAUCGUGAUUUUGUUUCUUCUCAGGAGCUUCACUGCAGAGUACUUAAAUCUGAAAUCCCGCAUUCAUGUCCACUGCUUGAUAAUGUUGCUCUCUCUCAAGGCAGGGAAUCAGAUUAUUCUUCAUAUCCAAUUCCAAAUGAUGCUUCACUAGAACCAAGGUUAUCUAAUGCCACAUGCCCUGAAUCUAAAAGUUGCAACCUUGACGAUUCAGUUUCCAUUGAGAGUUUCAAUGAAAUGGACUUGGCUUUGGGUAAGCAGACAUCCCGCAGAGGAAGACAUCCCUCACCUCACCGAAGGUUUAGUUUUAGCUUUAGUAGGUUAAGCAGAAGUUUCAGUUUUAAGGAAAGUUCCACAUCUGCUGAUGUAAUGUCGACGCAUUCAGAAAAUUAUGAGCUUUCAGCAGCUAUUGGUGACAGUUCUAGGGACAAGGUGAAUGCUAGUGGCAGAAGACGUCCGAGUCCAUUCAGGAGGUUAAUAGAUCCAAUAUGGAAGCCCAUCUUAUCUCAUCAUUCCACUGAAGCCGUUCAGAACAAACAUGCCACUCAAUCUCCUGAGGAAAACUUUAGCUUCGCAAUGUUGCAUCCGAAUGACAUAGAUAAACCCCUUCCAAGUGGAACAAAUCAAGCAUUGGGUGUUGAAGCUCUCAUGCAGCUUACUGUCAAGAAUGGAGUUCCCUUCUUUAAAUUUGUAGUGGACAAUAGAAGCGACAUCUUAGCUGCUGCUUUGAAGCAAUUACCGUCAGCUGGAAAGGGUGAUUGCAGCUUGACAUAUUCUUUCUACUCAGUUCAUGAAAUUAAGAAGAAGGCUGGGGGUUGGAUAACCCAUGGAUCAAAAUCAAAAAAUGGCGGUUUUGGGUAUAAUGUGGUAGGUCAGAUGAAGCUUAGUAGAUCGUACAUUUCAGAGUUGAAUGCUGUGGAUUGCCACGAGCAUGAUGUUGUGACAGAAUCGGUUUUAUAUGAUGUCAACAGUGCCGAUGGAGAUAAAGGGUUACUGGAUUUUUCACCAAACAGGGAAAUUGCUGCAAUCAUUCAGAAGGACCUAGUUGAAGAACUCAAGGAUACUGCCAAGAAUAUGACAGUCAUUUUGCCUGGUGCUACACAUACUUUACCAAGUAAUAGUGCACCUUCCUCAUUGAUUCAACGGUGGAAAUCUGGAGGAUUAUGCGAUUGUGGAGGCUGGGAUGUUGGUUGUAAACUUAAAAUUCUCACGGAUGGUUAUCAUGGAAGCAGUUUUUCCCCAGAACAUGUGACUCUUUUCAUUCAGGGUGGCAACAUGAGAGACCAGCCCAUCUUCAGUUUGGUUCCUGUUGAAGAUGGAAUGUAUUCUGUUGAGUUUAACUCAUCUAUUUCUUUGUUAGAGGCAUUCUCCAUCUGUGUGGCUGUCUUAACCAAUCGGAAAUUUGCUUAUAUUUUUGACAUUAAGCAUAUGGCAGAAUCAAAUUUAGCAGUCGAAUCCAACUCUGGAAAUGAUGAUGAGAAAAAGAAUGAGAUCAGACUCCAAGGUGAGCUACCUGCCAAAUUUGCGGCAUUCCCUCCCUCAUCGCCUGUUGGGAGAAUUUGAAAGCGUCUAAUUGGAGGGAAUCUGGCUCAUUGGUUGAAAAUGAAGAAACUAGACCGAUCUGCAGAAGUCUCUACCUAGACUUUUGGUCGAGUGAAAUCUACAUACAGAUAUUGGAACAGACAUUAUUAGUGACCUCUGUAAUUUUGGUAGUAUUACAUUAGUUUACAUGUAUAGACUUGAGUAUACCACUCAUGCUCCAAAAAUUUGGAAAAUGAAGAAAGAAUAUAUGCUAGUAGCUGGAACUCCUAUGCAUUGAUGCAACGCCAAUGCCAAGUCCAAUUCAACUUAAAGAAAUC